AUGGCUGGAGUUCAAAAAGUUUGCCUUAAUGCUUUAAAUAUUAACCAAAAAAAUGCACUAAUAUUGGGUAUCAUAAUAGCUAAAAAUAGUCCUCGUACCAUCAGUUCACGGAGAAAAAAUGGGGAAUCUAGAGCCGUUACAUCUUUCACAUUGAGAGAUUCAGAAGUCGAUACAAUCAAUAUUGAUGUGUGGGGUUUGGAAUACUUUGUGUUUACUUUCUAUGAACGUUUUCUCGUUGGUGACAUUGUAGAAAUUACUGCACCCAAGAUAUGCAUUAAAACUGGUGAGAAUGAAAAUUUCAGACCUCAGGUAUCGUCGCCAUUCUACCUUUCAAUAAACGAGGGCGCUUCAGAUGUGAGUAUACAUGGGAGCGACAUGCAAAGCUCUUAUUUGCCACUCCUCCACAUACCUUCAAAGCAUUCAUCUGCAUACUAUGGGCUCGCCGAAGUACUCAAGCUUCCAGAAGAAGCCAAUAAUGUUUACGUAGAUCUCCUCGUUGUAGUAAAGAGUGUGAUGUCCGCCAAGAAGAUUAAAACUAAAACGGGUACGGAAAUGUCCAUUCGUUCAAUUGAAGUUAUAGAUAACACAACACCUGCUGCUGUCACCUUGGACAUGUUUGAUGCGGAUACCAUUCAAAGAGCUGAAGAUUGGCGGCCGCUGGAGAGCGUGCUUUUCAUAGCCGACGCCAGGGUGUCUUGGCGUGGGAAGGCCGUGAAAGCGCAAAUAUGUGCUCGAAGCGUUAUAACGCAUCAACCGCACACGGCCGAUGCUGAAGCUUUGCGGCUUUAUAUCCAAAAUCAAGCUAGCACACGUGGGGGAGAAGCAGCGGCAUGGGCCGCCUGGAGUGGGGAGAAGGCGUGCGCCGCCUCCGUCGCUCAAGUCAAAGACAGACUGAGCACCGGUGCUCCAUUCUGUGCAGCUCUACAUGCGUUAUUAACGAAUUUGGACUUAGAAGAUAUCAAUAAAAUGAACGAAAAUACCGAUGAUUUAAAAGUACGUUUUACUGACCACACCGGUGAACUUACUGCACGUCUUCCAAUAAACGUUCUGGAAGACGCUAUAGGAUGUUCCGUAAGCAUUUUGAUAACAAGAUAUCUUUAUUUACACAAUAUUUGUUUCUACUCAUUCACUUACAUUAUUGUAGUAGGCAGCGGCUUGGCUCUGCCCCUGGCAUUGCUGAAGUCCGUGGGCGACGGUGACCACUCACCAUCAAGUGGGCCGUAUGCUCGCCUGCCUACAAGGGCAAUAAAAAAAAACUUAAUUUAG